CGCGAAGUGCCCGAGCCGUCGCACCUACUGUCGCUCCUGGGCUGAAAGCUCCAUCAACGUGGACAGUAAAGAUUCCCCACAGCACAGAUGCCACUAAGUCCAAACCCGGUCGAGCUUUGGGUUAGACCGCACUUCUUUGGUCCAAGGGCAGAGAAGACAUAGGUGUUCAAUUGUUUCUAUAUUCUGCUCACAGAGAGGACAAUACGGAUAAGAGCGGGGCUGCAAUGGCUGGAGUUAUAGAGAAAUUCUUACUGGCAUCGAUGCUUAUGUGGAUAAUUCCAGUUGCAGUUUUAUAUGGUUUCAACCAUGAUGUCUUUCCAGGGUCAGGCGAUUUAUCUCCUCAUUCUCUGACGUUGUGGAGUGGAUUGCUUGCUGUUAUAGCAGUCAAUGCUGUGAUUGGGUUCUAUAUAUACUUGGCAAUGAAGGAGCCCUCAGAUAAGCAUGAACCAGAUCCUGCAUUUCUUGCGCAAGCGAGAGCUAGUGUCCAAAAGCCUAUAGAGUCGACUGAAGGUGCCUCUCAACCACGUGAGAAAGAUGAGUAGGAUCAUUCUAAAGCUCAUAUUUCUCUGCUUGCUGUUGUGUCCUGGUUAGCAAGAUGAAUUCAUACCUAAAUCAAGGCCAAGAAUGAAGUUCUUCUAUCAUACUGAUGGUCUAGCAAAUACCCUUUGGAAUGGUUCUUGGGUCUUGUUUUUGUGAGAAAUCUGCCUUUUCGAACAAUCGAUUUCAUGUUUGAUUGUGUGGGAUCAUUAGGUGUUCCCAGUGGCCAUGUUAGGGAGCACAUCCUCUU